AUUUCUGCCAAGAUAUAUAAGUAUCGAAGCCUACACGGCUUCAAGCCCGCUUCGAAUCCCAGCCCUUUGUCAAACAGUCUUACAAACUAAAAUCAUGUCCGACUCGGAUUUCAUCGCAGCUCGCCAAGAGCGUUGGAGAGUAGCCCACAACUCCCUUGACGCAGAUAAGUUGAUGUCAUUAAUGACCGACGAUUGUGAUUACUCUGAUCAUGGUCACUACCCGUUUCCUAUCUCUCCAUCGCUAUCACCCCAUCUAAUGUUCGCAGGACUCGGUGUAGCACACAUCGACGGGGCCUCACUCCGCGCACUCGCCGAAUCCGUAUUCUCUUCCGUCUCACAGCUGGGUUUCGAGACCGUCUCGGUGAACGGCACGAAAGAGUUCACGGCUUGGGAGUGGACAGCUAAGGGAACGGUGAAGAAAGAGAUCCCGGGGGUGCCGUACGCAGUUGGGCAGGAGUUUGAGGCGAGGGGCUGCUCGUUGUUUUGGUGGGAUAUGGAGAGUGGUGGGGAGAAGAUUAAAGUUUUGGCGGAGUAUUCGAAGUUUUUGUGAAGUAGGAGAUGGGGGUUUGGAGCUCUUGGGUAAAAUACUCGUAAUGAGACCUGGGACUUGCUAGAGAAUUGAGGAGAUGACUACGAAUUACCUCGCAGACAACAAUUUACACUUGCGUCUAAUCAAGAAUCCGAGGGGUGAGGAAUAAGUGCAACUGCUGCCUCCUUGCACG